AUGCGCCGCGGAACAGUUAUUUUUGUCGUCAUUAAUUUGAUCAUAAUCGGCUCUCUCAUCAACGCCUGCAGUACCCUCAUAUCUCUCCUGUUCGAGAAUGCUUCAAGGUUUGCGAUACCAGGCGCCGAAAUUCCUGCACCUAACUCGGAUUUGAACGAUAAUCGUACCCAAUUAAUACCAAAAAUCAUCCAUCAGACGUAUAUCAACUCCUCGAUACCUGCGAAGUGGAAGGAAGGCCAACAAGCAUGUGUCAACCUUCAUGACGAUUAUGAAUAUAUGCUCUGGACCGACGAGAAAUCCCGCGCCUUCAUCGCAAAAGAAUACGAAUGGUUCCUGGCUACCUUCGACUCCUACCCGUUCCCUAUCGAACGCGCCGAUGCCAUUCGAUAUUUCAUUCUAUACCACUACGGCGGCAUAUACAUAGAUCUGGAUGACGGUUGCAAUCGCCGACUCGAUCCUCUACUCAGCUACCCAGCUUGGCUCCGCCGAACAGUACCCACGGGUAUUAGCAACGAUGCGAUGGGCGCUGUGCCACAGCAUCCUUUCUUCAAGUUUGUGAUUGGAAAACUCGCAGACUAUAACCGAAACUGGGUAUUGCCUUAUAUCAGUGUCAUGGGCAGCACUGGGCCACUCUUCUUGUCCGUAAUGUGGAAACAGUACAUGUGGGAGCACAACCAGCCCGAGGAAGCAGUUCGAGUAUUGAUGCCUGCCGAAUACAAAGGCAACCCAUGGAGUUUCUUCGUCAUUUCCAAGGGGAGCAGUUGGCACGGAAAGGACGCUCAAACCAUUUUCUGGAUGGGCAAACACUGGUUCUUCCUCACCGUAUCUGGAUUCUUAAUCGCCGGUGUAGUUGGUGGCGCCCUGUGGUGGUUAUGGUCUAUGUGGGUCAUGGAGACUGGGAAAACAUCCCACGGAAGGAAGCGAUUGAGCUUUUGGCGGAGACUCAGUAGCAAAGACAGAUAUGAGCUUGUUGACCGCAUGGCGUAA